AAACUAACCUGCUGCGGUUUUAGUGCCCCCGAAAAAUAAACAAAAUCCGGCAGAGAAAGUGGCGAUAAACAACGCCCGUAAGAAGACGUCAAGAUGCGCGACUGGAUGCCUGUGCUCUUCUGCGGCCUCUCCGUGCCGCUCUCCCUGUUCAUGUGGCUGGGCAACGUGGCGGUGUCGAAGCUCUGGACCAGCGACUUUGAGGAAUCCCGGGUGAUUCCGCCGGUGCGCUGGCUCUUCUCCACCCUCGCCCCCUUGGCCCUGAUGACGGUGGCGCUGCGCAGGAGGAGCGUCAAUCGUUCUGGCGCCGCACUGGGCAUCCUGGUGGCCUUCAUCCUCUCCAUUGCCAGCCAUCCGUUCUUCGCCAGCCUGGUGGUGUUCUUCUUCAGCUCCUCGCGUGCGACCAAGUUCCGGGCGCACAUGAAGCGCCGCUUCGAGAGCGAUUUCCGCGAGGGCGAGGGUCAGCGGAAUUGGGUGCAGGUGCUCUGCAAUGGAGGCAUGGCCACGCAGCUGGCGCUCCUGUACCUGCUGGACUGCGGCAGCGGGGAGCGGGCGGUGGACUUUGCCCGCGAGUACCGCUCCAGCUGGCUGGGCGUGGCCGUGAUGAGUGCCUUUGCCUGCUGCAACGGCGACACUUGGUCCAGUGAACUGGGCUCUGUGCUCUCGCAACGCGAUCCCGUGUCCAUCGUGACCUGGCGACGAGUGCCGCGCGGCACCAAUGGCGGCGUUUCGCUGGCCGGGAUCGCCGUGAGCCUGCUGGGCGGACUGCUCGUGGGCUUCGGCUACUUUGUCACCGUUCGCUACACCGUGGAGUCGAAGAUGCUGGUGGUCAGCCCACCGCAAUGGCCCAUCAUCGCCUUUGGCGGCAUCGCCGGGCUCUUUGGCUCGCUGCUGGACUCUAUUUUGGGCGGCCUGCUGCAGUUCUCGGGCAUCAACGAGGAGGGCAAGAUCGUGGAGGCGCCCGGCAAGGGCGUGCGCCACGUCAGCGGACUGCGCAUCCUGGACAAUCAUAGUGUCAACCUGAUCUCCAGCAUCGUAACUGGGGUUACUAUACCCGUCCUCGCUCAGAGAUUCUGGCCUGUGCGCUGA